UGCGAUGACGACAUUUUGCUCGAGAGGAAGUUUGUGUGUGUGUCAUGGUGUGUGAGCAUGUCUGUGGACUUUUGUUUAUAAAGUUUUAAUCGCGAACAUUCGUGGCGCUACAGGACAUGUUAGUGUUGUAGUCUGCUCAAUGAACGAGCAAUGUCCAAACCGCUGAAGAAUUUGCAUCAUCACCAGAACGGCAGUAUUCUAGAAGUAAAAAGCAAGUUUGACGCAGAAUUUCGACGAUUCUCACUGGACAAGUCGGAGCUGUCUCGAUACGAUGAGUUCUGUCGCCUCAUUGAACGGUUUCACAGCAUCUCUGAAGUGCCGUUCAGUCUCUGCUACACUGACCCCAUCCAUGGUGACCUGCUGCCUAUCAACAAUGAUGAGAACUUUGCACGUGCUGUCCAGUCUGCAAGACCACUGUUGCGGUUACUCAUCCAGAGAAAAGGGGACAGCCGUGAGGAGCUGAAUGGUUUUGGGGGCCCUGGAGCUAGCCGCAAGAAGCGUUUUCUGGGCCAGUACCUUUUGCCAGCUGGUGUACGAACAGCCCGGCCUGCCCUUUCCAUAUCAUUACCUGAAGAUUUCCGCCAGGUGUCAUCUAUUAUUGACGUAGAUGUGGUGCCCGACACCUGUCGACGAGUUCGCUUGGUCAAGCAUGGUUCCGACAAGCCUUUAGGGUUCUAUAUUCGGGAUGGCACCAGUGUGCGUGUCACUCCACAUGGUCUGGAUCGACUGCCAGGGAUCUUCAUAUCGCGCUUAGUGCCUGGAGGCCUUGCUGAAGGCACAGGUCUUCUGGCUGUCAAUGAUGAAGUAUUGGAAGUUAAUGGCAUUGAAGUUGGUGGCAAGACAUUAGAUCAGGUGACUGACAUGAUGGUGGCGAAUUCGUCCAACUUGAUCAUCACAAUCCGUCCAGCCAACCAGUGUAGUGUGGGCACACUGCCUCGAAGGGGCUCAUUUGGCCGCUCUUCGCAGAUGUCACAUGGCUCUCACAAUUCCAACCCAUCCGUAGUCUCGGAUGAUGACCGCUUGGAUGAAGAUGAAAUCAGGGACCACACUGCUGGAUUUGAGGGCCUUGACGAAACACCUCCUCGUAGCACCCAUGACGGCGUGAUCACUCUUUGACAUGUGCCUAGGCACAGACCCAUUUUCAGGGACUCUUCUUCUCUCCUUUUGUCCUAUUCAGCCACCGUGGUAAGGGGCCCUUCCUGGUGCCACAGGCAGAGCCCCUUCCCCGUCUGUUUUAGAUAGAGGGCAUUGGCUGUGAGGCAAGUGUUUCAGCCAUCCCGGAGGGCCAGCCCAUGUACAAGGCUCGCUUGCCCAAGAAGCCAUGAGCAGCACCAGGAUUCCUGCAUCCUUUUGAAGGCAGCUGCAUUAGGCAGCUGCUACUGAUGCUUUUCUGUUUUACGAAAAGACACUAUACAAAUACAUACCAUAUAUAUAUAUAUAUUUUUUAUACAUUAGACAGGCCCAUAAAGGGACGUGUUGUGCAUGUGUGGCAUUGCAGUAUUUUUUUUCCUGCAGUGUGUAUGAAGCCUUUUUUGUUUUGUUUUAAACAAUGCUGACUGUUACUCAUUUUCAUAAAUGAUUUUGUGCAUAGGUUACACCAUUUUGACAGCCUCUUGCUGCACUGACCUUUUUAUAUGUUGUUAUUGACGUUGCCUCUUCAAGUUCCAUAGGUGCAAGUGACAUGCAUUCUUGUGCUCUUUUUUUUUUUUCCCUAGUGAUGAAUCUUACACAUCCUGUGCUUGCACUGACACUUUUUUUUAUAGACUUUACAUGCUUCCUUUGGCACGCUUUUUCUUCGAGCUCAAGUGCCUUGUAAAAAAAACUGUGCAUCCAGAAUUCUUCCACGAACAUUGACUCUGAAGGCAGGCCUUCAUAAAUGUGAUUGCAUGGUUUUUAUGACAAACUCUGCAUUCCAGGACUUGCACCAAACAUUCCUUUUUUAGUUAGUGACUGUAAAGUUGAAAUGCAGGUAAUAAAACUUUGCUACAAGAGUAUGUGGUGAAUCAGCAAGGUUUACUAGUGAUUUAAACUUUGCACAUCUAUUGUCUGUCUUUCCAGUGUUUGUGAGGUGUACUUAUUUAUUUCUUCUGUCAUCUGCUUUCUGUUCUGUAAUGGCUUCCCUUGAGAAUAUUAUGCUGAUGGAAGAGGACAUCGAGAAAUCAAACAAUGCACUCAAGAAAGAAAUCAACAUACACAGCAAUCUGGUCCCUUUAGAAGUUUGCCAAUCUUAAUCCACUGUAUGCUGGCAUAUGUGUAUGCUGCCAUCUGUUGCUGCUCUAUGCAAGGGCCGUGAGCUGCAUUCACAGGGACUUGGGGAAGAAUUGCAGUGAAAGCUCAAAUCUGUUUGAAGGACAGUGUCAUUAAAAUAAAUUGGCAAGCUAUGGUCUCAAUUGAAUCUGUGGCUCUGCUGAAAUUUUGAAAGCACCUUAAUUGCCUGUUUUCAGCAAAAAUAAAGCUUGAGUCUGCAAAAGCUUAGAAAUGUAUUUAUUUUAGCAUAGCAUGAAAUUUCUACAGUAGCUCUUGAAUUGUGCUGCCAAAAAUAGUCAUGGUUCCAUUAGGUACUUUUGCACAUCAAGCAGUCUCGCGUGUUAUUGUUUAACCCUAGCCUUACACUAUAAUGUAUUUCAUAGCCUUGGUUCAGCUGCAGAGCUUGAAAUCCCAAAAUGUUCACUUUUGGUAAUCGGCUUGCUAUUGCUAGAUACAGUUGACAGCUCUUGUAUUGGUUGGAAUAGCUUGAAAUAUUAUGCUGCUUUGUACUGAAGCAUAAGCUACUGUUAUGAUGUAAAGGUCUAGUGAGAAAAGAGCUCAAUUACCUGCUCAUUGAGAACAUUUGCGAACUUUAUUGCUGACACAGGCUGGUAGCAAUUGUGAAAAAUUGCAGGAGCCAUCUACUCACUACUAGCAGCACGUCACCUGGCAUGAUGGUUGUGAAGGCUUUUAAUGGGUGAACAGUUUUUAAUGGCACCAGUUAUAACUGUAGGCCCCAUGCACUUGCUGUCCCCACGUUGCUAAAAUUUCUGAUGCAUAUUUUUGGUGAAUCUGCAUAACAUUGGUUUUCUCUUUUUUGUGUGUGAGAUUGGCAUUUCAGUAGGCACAUUCCUAAAAAAUUGCAGAUAUAAAGUUGCAGAAUUUCAUAUGAAUCGCAUCGUGAACAUCUCGAAAAUGUUGCAGCAACAUGCAUACAAAAGUUAGAUUGUUGUAGAAAAUGUUGCAGCAACAUGCUUCCAUGAGCUUUCAACAAUUUUUUUUUAAGACUGUCCAGAAGGACCAGUUCAAUGUGCUAUAGUUGGAUACAACUUGAGAAGAUAGAAAUGGCCCCUCCUGGAUGACAAAACAGGGACCGCUGAAAGCCUUCGCAGCUAAAUGAUAUCGCUUGCAUGCCGGACAGAGGAGUGGCCAGCCAGUGGGCUCAUGAUGUCAGCCUUGAGUGCGUGCAUAUUUGUGUAGGCUCAUAAUCGUCCACCUUUGAGAAAGAAAUUCCACUGCCUUCCGAAGUUGUGUCCGGCUGUAGUUGGCUCAUUGCUUUUUGAAUUUGUUCAAAAUAGACGUUCAACAUGGCAUAAUGAGUCUGCUAAAAUUGCUGCAUUUUUUUUUUUACUUUACAAGGGCAGUUUCUAAUGCUUAACGUCAUGAAAACCUGCGGCUACUACAUUCAAACCUCAUUAUAACAAAGUGAUUGCAAUUUGCCUUGAGAUUUCCAUACAGAUACAUGUUUUUGAAAUGUUUUUGAAAUGUUUUACUGAAGUAAAUUGUCAUAUUAAUGGAUUUAAGUAUAUGUAAUAUAUAUAUGUAUUCUUGUAUAUAAUCGUGUAUGCACAUCUCGCAAGAACCACAUUGUGAUCUGCAGUGUGUACUGAAUAAAUAACAAACUAAAUUUGUCUUGAAAACC